AUGGUGAAGGAGGUCAUGGAGAGCAAGGGAGAGGAGAAGCGAGAUGGUUUGAUUUCUCUGGCACUUCCGAAGAGACAUGUCUUGAUCAGUGAGAGGAUGGAAACGAGCAGAAAUCUCGCGUCUGUGUCGUUGCUCCUCGUCCUAUCGCAGCUCAUCGUCCCCACCAUCUCCUACAUCCCCACCAGUUGCCGGUGGCCAGGCCGCCUCAACGUCAUGCAGCGCGCCGUCAGCCUAAGAUGCACUGGAGACGGAGGGAGCCGAGACGAGGAGACAGAAAGCCUCCGGCAGUAUCGGAACAUCGAGAGCUGGUAUGAAGCUCGGAUCUCAAAGGAUCCUAUCAGUGCAGAAGACCUCGCCAACUAUGCUAUCUACCUGCAAGUUGUGCGAGGCAAGGCGGAACGAGCCGCUCUCAUGUACGAGAUGGCGCUGAGAGUUGACCCUAUCCUCUCAAGGAAGGUCGCGCUCGAUCAAUGGAUCCGCAACGUCUCAGCGGCGGACCUCGUGAGCAUAUCACUCGCCAAGAUGAGCUCUCCGUUGAUCCCUCGGCUAGCCUUGGCGAAGGUGAUGGUGCCGAGGAUAAGAGUUCGAAGGAUUAUGCUUCCCAAGCGGAGGUAUUGA